CGGAUUGAGAAGGAUGUCAUUUUAGCGAUACCGGUCAGAAUGUGGAUGUCUCUGAUGUUACGGUAUAGUCACUUACUUAGCCUUGAUACAAGAAUCGUGAAUUGAGAAUGAAUUCGAAAAAUGUAAAAAGCGAUCGCUAGACUGAAACGUGCAAAUUAUGUCAUUUUAGAAAUUACAGUUAAAUAAAAUAUCUAGUAACAAUGGGUUCGUUAGGUGAAAUAGACGAAGAAAAAUAUUUCUUGUAUGAUAUAACAAAAUUGGCAAUAGAAGAAGCAUGGGAGAAGCCCCAGGAUGUCGAAACACCUGUCGUCAAUUUUAAAACUCCAAAAGAAUUGUUGGAAGCCAUGGAUUUCAAUCUUCAAGAUGAACCAACAGAUAACAGUACCCUGCUGGAUCACUGCAAAGAUAUUCUUCACUACAGCGUAAAAACAGGUCAUCAACGAUUUUUCAACCAAUUGUUCUGUGGACUUGAUGCGUAUGGAUUCGGUGGACAGAUUUUGACUGAUGCAUUAAACGGAGCUAUGUACACAUACGAGACUGCACCUGUGUUCAUUAUGAUGGAAAAGAUCGUAUUGCAGAGAAUGAGAGAAUUUGUCGGAUAUAAAACUGGAAACGGAACUAUGUGCCCAGGUGGUACCUACAGCAACAUGUUAGCAAUCAACCUUGCACGAUAUUGGAAAUGUCCUGAAAUAAAACAUGAAGGAAUGUCAUCUACAAAGCCUCUAGUACUCUUCACAUCUGAACAAUGUCAUUACUCCAUUGAAAAAAGCGCAGCUCUAAUAGGAAUCGGCAUCAAUAACGUGAUUUCGGUCACGUGUGACGCGCGAGGUAAGAUGUUACCGAGUGACCUGGAACGGAAAAUAGAAGAGUCCAUAACUGAGGGUAAACUUCCAUUCAUGGUAAAUGCAACUGCCGGAACGACUGUACUCGGAGCUUUUGAUCCAAUCGAAGAAAUAGCAUCGAUAUGCGAAGCUCACAAUAUAUGGUUGCACGUUGAUGCAGCAUGGGGAGGCGCCAGCCUGAUGUCCGAAAAACAUAAACAUCUUUGUAAAGGAAUCGAGAGGUCAGAUUCUGUAACGUGGAAUCCACAUAAAUUGAUGAUGGUUCCACAGCAAUGUUCAGUUCUUUUAGUCAAGAGAAAGGAAAUAAUGAAAGAAUGUCACAGUCUGAACGUUCCAUAUUUAUUUCAAACCGACAAACGUGCGUACGAUCCAUCUUUCGACGUUGGCCAUGAACUUAUACAAUGCGGAAGAAAGGUAGAUGUUCUGAAAUUCUGGUUGAUGUGGAAAGCUAAAGGAACUUUGGGCUUUCGUGAUCAAAUCGACAAAGCGUUCGAUAAUGCAAAGUAUCUGACAACGCAAGUACAGACGAGAAAGUGGUUCAAACUUGUCUUAGAAGAGCCUGAGUGUACCAACGUGUCAUUUUGGUUUGUACCUCCAAGUAUUAGGAAUCUUUGUCAUCAAAAAGACGGCGACGUUAUAUUUCCCGAAGACCUCACAAACAAAUUCUAUGAAAAGUUGUCCCACGUCGCACCGAUCAUAAAACAGAGAAUGCAGAAGGCCGGGACGAUGCUCAUUACAUAUACAACCGUUGCAUCACAUGUUAAUUUCUUCAGGAUGAUUAUUAUUAACCCAAUGGUAACCACAGCGGAUUUAGAUUUUGUUCUUGACGAGAUUGAAAAGUUGGGAAGAGAUUUAUAAAUUUUAAAAAGCGUGGCGCAGAAUUUGCGCAAAUGGUUUCAGUUAUAAGGGCGUACUUGGGGAGUACAGCCAAAAUUAUGUUACUCUCGAAACCCACUAAUUCUGUAACUAACAUCAUGCAAUAAGUGUGAUUCAAUGAUGGGCGCGCGUCUGAACGCGGCCCUCGGUCGUUUGUACAAAAACUGUAUUGCAAUCUAGCUACAAGAGAGUUUUAACGAUUAAAAUAUUCUUCAAGAUCUUCGUGAGCUUUAUGUGGGGGGUACGACAAUAUAUUUUGUUCCGUGGUCUAUUAUGGCACAAAGGUAACGUAAAAGAAUUGAAAUAUGAGCUUUAGUUUUCUGUGAUUUUACGUUCCUACCUCUACGACGAAACAUAAGAACAGUACCAUACGAUUUAAUAUCUGUCUAAGUAUAUCUAUUAAUUUUAUCGACGCAGAUUAUUAUUUGAUUGAAUCGCUAAAUAUAAUUCAUUUCUGUAUAUAUAUACCUGAGAGUUGAAAAUUAUCAUUGUAAAGUUAUACCAAGUUGUAAUAAAAUUAAUACUUGUA